AUGUCUGGCAGAGGAAAGGGUGUUCGCACAAGAAGGAAUAGAGUUACUCCAUAUGCAAAUUCAGCUAUUUCUGAUAGACAAUGGGAUUUGAACAAUCCAUCCAACUGGACUUCACAAAAAUUUCGAGAAGAAUUGGACAAAAAAGGCAUAAAAACUCCAAGUUCUUUACCCAAAUCGGUAUUAAAACAACUAUAUAUCGAAAAUUCUAACACAAGUGGGAUUACUACAUCACAAAUUCAACAAAACAGGACUAUUUCUGACAAUGAUACAUCCAAUCCGUUGAGUACAGAACCUGAAGUAGCUGUAACAGACAGUGGGACCAAUGUACAACCCUUAGCCUCUUUGGACAUAAACAAUAUUCCUGUUCCCAAUACUUCCUUGGCAGAACAGGACACAAUGAGUGUAAACCAUCAAGUAACAAGCAGUAAUACAGGUGGAAUUACCAAUGACAUUCCAAUGCAGAACUCUAAUUUCAACAGUAUGGCUACAAUGUCUACCAUGCUGGCACAUUGUUUCAGUGGCUUUCAACAAAGUUUGAAUCAUUUUAACCAGAAUUUAAACAAAGGGACUAAUACUGACAGCAGUGGAUUCAACCUUCAGCAAUGGUAUAAAGCUCAAAGUUCUCCAACUAAUCACAUGGAUCAAGUUCCGAAUAUUCCCAUAUUUCAAACAGGAUUACAACAGCAUUUGAUUUAUCCGUCUCCAACCGUACAGCAGUUAGAUGCCCGAGACUCAUCUACUCAACAUGGAUUUCAAGGAGUGCGCUCAGAUUCUUUUUCAAAUGUGGAUAUCAUUUCUCCUAUUCUUCAAAAACAGAUCAUUGAGGAUGGACCGUUUCCGCAGGCUGGCUCCAAAUGCAGCACUUCAACCUCAUCAGUGCCCACCCAGUUCAGAAGUAAUGUGGUCCUGAACAAAAUAGUUCAUCAACUUUGGGAUAUUGCUAUUGCAAGCAAAACAAGAAGUGCAUAUGAAACUGGAUUUAAACAUUUUGAGAGAUUUAUGUUGCUGAACAAUUUUAAAUUUAAUUACCUACCACCUAUUUCAGAAGACAUUUUGAUUUAUUUUACUGCAUAUUGUUUCCAUUUUUUGAAACUACAGUAUUCUACCAUAAAAUUGUAUUUAUGUGGAAUAAGAUACAAAUAUUUAAAAAAUAAUUGUAAGGAUCCCUUAGAAUCUGACUACAACACACCCUUAGAUAGACUCUCCUACAUUUUGAACUCUGUCAAAAAACUUCAAAAACCAAAUAACAAGAAAAGAUUACCUAUUACUUUCGAUAUUUUAGAGAAAAUUAUAUUUCGUCUAAGACAAGGUGUGUUUACCCCUUUUAUUGAUUUAAUGCUAGAAGCAGUAUGUACUGUAGGUUUUUAUGGCUUUAUGAGAUGUGGAGAAUUUACUGUCUUGAAAGCCAACCAAUUUGACCCAUCUGUUAAUUUAUGUAUUGGAGAUAUUAUUUUGCAUAAAGAUAUUAUAAUUUUGAAAUUGAAACAGUCUAAAACAGACCCUUUCAGGAAAGGUGUAGAUAUUCAACUCCAUAAAGUAAAAAAUCAAAUUUGUCCUUUUAAAAUCUUAGUCAAAUAUUUACAAGUUAGAGAGAGUCUUAAACAAGGUCUCCCAUCUGAUCCACUUUUUAUCUCACAAAAUGCUUUGGCAUUAGAAAGAAAUUAUUUCAUUAAUUGUAUAAAACAAGUACUUAGUAUAUGUGGCUUCAAUCCUGAUCACUAAAAUGGUCAUAGCCUACGCAUAGGAGCUGCCACUACUGCAGGUAAAGCACAUAUUGAAGACCAUUUGGUCAAAACACUAGGACGCUGGUCCUCUGAUAGUUACUGCAGGUAUAUAAGAGUGUCAUCUACUUCAAUUAAAUAUGCACAAGAAUUGUUAGAAAAAUAUUAACAUGAACAUAAUAAUGUUUUUAGAAUGCAGAUCUACACAUUCAUGUAUAUAGAUUUUUCCAUUGUUAUUUUUUAUAUAUAUUUUUUUUUCUUUUCUUUCUCAUGACUUUAUUGAAGGUGAAAAAAUCUUAAUCCUAAAUCCUUGGGGGCACUCAGCUGUUCCAUCUGAGUUUUUGGACCUUGAUGGAAUUUUAUCACUGGUUAUUUCUUAAAUUUCAUUCAUCCCCAAGCAUUUCGGGGAAAAAUUUUAUCAAAUUUAUUCCAGCGCCAGUUUGAUAGACCCCUGCUACUUCACAAGUACAUGGGCUAUCCCCAUGCAGACCUUGCACACACCGGCUGCAGAUGAGACGUCUAGUCUCAUCACCUAAGUGGAGAACCCUCGCUUCACAUUCCCCGGCUGGCGUAUUGUCGGGCAGGCAGGUUCUUCCUCACACUGGAGGUUGCAAGCUGACUUGCUCAGGCAGGAACUCAAAAUUGUUUUGUAUGCUGAGUGUUUCCCUAAGGCCAA